AUGUCUGAGGGAUCCACGGCGAGUGGCGGGCCUAGCCUUGGGGUCAUGAUAGGUCUUGUUGUAGGAGUGAUGGUCGUUGCCCAAGUAAUUAUACAGGGUCUAGUCACCUUACGGAUGAAGAAGCUUAAGGUAUCGUAUGAAGAGGUCAAGGAAGAUUCACAGCUGAGCAAUACACUAUUAGUGGGUACUAACGCAGCAACGUGUUAUCACUGCUACAAGUUAGAAAUGAAUACAUGGAGCGAUGCGAAAGUUAAGGCUGCUCUAGCAGAGCACUCAGUCAAACUUAUUAGAGCCAAGCUGGCUUGCGUUAACGCAUACUGCGCCAAGAACAAUAUAAAGCAAGGAAGGGGAAUACCGUUCAUUGUCCUUAUUGGCAAGGACGGAAAGUGCUUGGGAACUGUGGAAGGCUAUCGCGAGCCUCGCGUUAUGCUAGGCAUCAUUAAGAAAUUCUUCCCUUUAUCGGAGGAGACAACUGUAAAUUAG